UCCCUUUCGGUGACGGGCCAAUCAUUUCCAAGUGGGGCGCCAUCUCCAGGUCAUCACGGACCGGCUACCACACCACGGACCCUGUCCAGGCGACUGCUUCCCAAGGAAGCACUACCAAACCCAUCAGCAUGUCAGAUUAUAUCCCCAGCAUCAGCUCAGUGGACUUAAGAUGGAGCUGCUACGUGUCCGAUUCGACUUCCUCAGCACCCUUCCUAGAACGGGACCAGUUUGUCGCUCCCGAGGAAUCCGCUCCCCAAAAGCACUCAAGCACCGGAGUCCUCCUGACCACUGAUUUGCAACAGGCCAAAAGCAACUCAGUGCUGCUCCAGAGAGAGGCCAACACCCUGGCCAUGCAGCGGAAGUGGGACUCCCUGAGCGAGGGCAGUGCCCUCACCUUAAAGCUCUUAGGCAAGGAAAUGGAGCGGAGGAAUGGCCAGGCCGAUUCCCCCGAGGACAGCAUGGGCGUCAAGUCUAACCGGGAUAUUGAACUGGAACUUUCAUCGCUCGACACGGAUGAGGCUGAGGGGCAGGGAGAGCCAAUGGAAGUACGUUCUCUCGACUCUACCCACGUGUGGGCGAUUAUGGGUCUCCUGUCCCCAGAAUGCCAGAGUGGGACCAGUUCCUCCG